GUAAAGGUGCUUCCGAAUCCCCCGGCGGGUGUUCGGCUGGCCACCGAGGCGGUGUGCGUCAUGUUUCAGCUGAAACCUGUCAAGAAGAACGACCCCAACACGCCGGGCAAGAAGAUCGAUGAUUACUGGGAGACAAGCCAGAAGGAAAUCUUGAAUGAUCCGAAGGCAUUGCUGGACCGCCUGUUCAACUUCGACAAGGACAACAUCCCGGAUCGUGUGAUCCAGGCCAUUACGCCCUACAUGGAACGGGAGGACUUUGAUCCGGUGGCCAUCAAGAAG